CCGCUAAAUUAUCAACAAUUGAGGGGCCUCUUCGUAAAAUAACGUAAGCCCUUUCAUCUCUCCGACCUCGCCGGCUCCGCGUUCUGUUGUACGUCGUCUCCCCCGCACCUACGCUUCGCAGGCGAAUCGCUUUUUCUUUCUCUUCUCCUCUGACCCAAACGAAACCCUAACCCUAGCCCUAGAAAUAAGUCGAGAUAAAGCCUACGAGAGGGAUCUAAUGGCCGAUCCGAGGCUCUUGAGGGGCGGAGACGACGCCGAUCGGGGGCAAAAGCCGGAGCGGCGACUCUACAACCCGUACCAAGACCUCCACGUCCCGAGCCGAGCGCUAUACGACCUCCCCACCGCGCCGGAGUUCCUCUUCCAGGAGGAGGCCGUCGCCCAGCGCCGCUCCUGGGGCGAGAACCUCACCUACUACACGGGCAUCGGCUACCUCUCCGGCGCCGCCGCGGGCGCCACCCUCGGCCUACACCGGGCCAUCAGCGCGGCGGAGCCCGGCGACACCCUCAAGAUCCGGAUCAACCGCGUCCUCAACUCUGCCGGCCAGGACGGGCGCCGGAUCGGGAAUCGGCUCGGCGUGAUUGGCCUCCUCUACGCGGGGCUUGAGAGCGGGAUGGUUGCUUUGAGGGAUACGGAUGAUUGGAUCAAUAGCGUUGCCGCGGGGCUCGGCACAGGAACCCUCUACAAGGCGGCGAACGGGCCGAGAUCCGCCGCCGUGGCCGGCGCCAUUGGAGGAUUGACGGUUGGAGCUGCCGUCGCGGGGAAGCAAGUGUUGAAGAGAUAUUUGCCUAUAUGAGGGUUUGGUUUGGAACAAUUACCUUCCUAUCCUCUUCUUCUUCCUCCUCCUCUUCUUUUUGAGUUAUAUAUAUAUAUAUAUAUAUUUGCGUGUCUAUUUUUUGACGUUACAUGUAACUUGCGAUGAAUCGGAGAUCGAAAGAUGUCCUGCAAUAAUGUUGUUUGAAACACUCUAAUGAAUUUAUUAAUAUUUGUUAGAUAGGACAGUUUUUUUAGCCUGGAUUUAAUAAUUACACAUUUGUUUUCUUGUUU